AUGGCGCAGCUAAACAACGGGCGAAUGGUUACGGAACUGCAAGCGGAAGAGGCCAAACGCGCUCGCCAGCGCGAACAUGUCAAGAACAGCUACUACCGCCAGCAGAACGCGAUGAAGGCUCUGCGUCGCGAGGUUUGCUGGCUCGAGCGCGAGUACUCGCGCACAGUCGACCGCAAGAAACAGCAGCUGCAGUGGCGCGAAGUCGCAGAGGCUCUGGGAUGCGACGCCGAACGGGAGGCCUCGGAGGAGCUGGUGGAGCAAUACAUGCAGCUGUCCAUUACACAGCAGCAACUGUGCCAAGAGAACCAAGAGCUGACGCUCAUGGCGUCCAAGCACGCCAAGUUCCAGCUCAAGGCUCAACAUAUGCUGGACUCGAAGCCCGAGCUGACCCUGGCGUCGCCUAUGAUGGUAGCACAUGUCGACGACGAGACGAUGAGGGAGGUCCUCUGCGACGGAGACGGAGCUAGGAACGUGCUGCGUUCACAAGGGCUUUGCUACUCACCAUCCCCGGUGAACGAGGUGGCACUCGAGCCGUUGACGGUCCCCGAAUGCCAUCACAUUGCCCUUCACGCGUACCGGGAAGCCCGAGCUUUCUUGAACAGUGACGACUACCUGACCUCGGGUCUCGAGAUUUUUGGGUGGCGCGAACAGCGGCGGGAGGCGCCGGAUCAUGUCAAGUUCACACUCAAGAAGCGCUUUCCUGGCGUCACUCCAAUGAAAAUGUCCGCUCGUGGCUGGCGCGUGGUGUCAUCGUCGCGGUGUUUGACAGAGCUCUACUCGUCUACGAUGCACCUGUCAAUGAAGGUGCUGCAGGUCGUGGACGAUUACAAUGUGAUCAUGUACCGUGUCAUUACAAACACAAGCACAAGGGCCACGGUCCAGUCGUUGUUUCUAGUCACUCGCUUUCAAGUGGACGAUGGGUAUGUCAUCCUCUUCCGGUCUGUCGAUCGCAACCGUCUGCGAGUGGUUCACUCAGACGGUACCGUCGGACCUUACGAGGCUCGAGGAGGCGCAGAAGUUAAAUGGCUCGACAUGUUUACAUGGACUCUAUUCGAUGACGAUCCAGACGACGACAAUGCUGUUAGGUUCAGCUACGGAGGGAUUGUGUACGGCACCGAGGCUGCUGGCACGCGUGUGUGGAUGCUUGAGAUCUUGUCACUUGCCUUGCGGUGGGAAAACAAGGUCAUGGGGCCGACCUUGAUGCUAAGCUAG